AUGGGCCGCAAGGGCGGCAACCAGCACCGGAAGCUUGUGGUGGACAGAGCGCUGGCAACCAAGGACCAGGACAAUGAGCGCUUCUACAAGAACCUGCGUGCACGCUUUGACAGGGUGCGCAUCAAUUUGUCCAAGGUGGAGGUCCGCUUUGAGAACUUGGCAGUGGAAGCUGACGUGCAUGUGGGGGGGCGUGCGUUGCCCAGUGUGCUCAAUUCUGUGCGCAAUAUUGUGGAGAGCAAUCUCCAGACUUUUGGCAUCAUGCGCAGCCCCAAGAGGAAGUUCCAGAUCCUCAAUGGCAUCAGCGGCGUGCUCAAGCCGGGGCGGUUGACGCUGCUGCUGGGGCCCCCGGGGUCGGGAAAAAGCACGCUGCUGAAGGCACUUGCCGGGAAGCUGCAGGGCAGCUCCCCGCACGUCACCGGCCGCAUCACGUUCAACGGCGAGACCUUCGACCGCUUUGUGCCGCAGCGCACCGCCGCCUACGUCAGCCAGGUGGACAAUCACAUUGCUGAGUUGACUGUGAAGGAGACUCUGGACUUUGCUGCGCGCGUUCUGGGUGUGGGCCACAAAGCAGAGUAUCUGCGGCUGCUGCGGGAGCGCGAGACGGCGGCCGGUCUGCGCGGCGAUCCCGAGACUGACGCCUUCAUGAAGGCCAGCGCGCUGCAGGGCAAGCGCCACAGCGUGGCCACUGAGUACAUGCUGCGCCUGCUGGGCCUUGAUGUGUGCGCGGACACCAUUGUGGGCAGCCAGAUGGUGCGUGGCAUCAGCGGCGGCCAGCGCAAGCGCGUCACCACCGGAGAGAUGGUCGUGGGACCCAUGAAGACCCUCUUGCUGGACGAGAUUAGCACUGGUCUGGACUCCUCGACUACGUACCUGAUCACCAAGUGCAUCCGCAACUUUGUGCACAUGCAAGACGCAACUGUGCUGCUGGCUCUGCUGCAGCCUGCACCAGAGACCUUUGAGCUCUUUGAUGACAUCAUGCUGUUGUCAGAAGGGCACAUUGUGUACUUUGGGCCGCGCGAGGGUGUCAUGCCGUUCUUCAACAGCAUGGGCUUCGCUCUGCCGGCGCGCAAGGGCAUUGCCGACUUCCUGCAGGAGGUGACGUCUCGCAAGGACCAGGGCCAGUACUGGGCGGACCGCGCGCGGCCAUAUGAGUUUGUGCCCGUCCAGGCGUUCUCAAACGCCUUUGAGAAGAGCAAGAUCGGCAGAGGCAACGCGGCCGCCCUGGCAGAGCCCUACCAGCCGGGGGCCAAGGGCACCUUUGACGCCCUCGUGCGCACCAAGUUUGCGCUGUCCGGGUGGCAGGCGUUUAAGGCGUGCCUGCGCCGCGAGUGGACGCUCAUGGUCCGUCACAAAUUCAUCUACAUCUUCCGCACCUGCCAGGUCAGCGUGGUGUCGACGAUCAUUGCCACGCUCUUUCUGCGCACAACACUCAAUUCCACCAGCGUAGAUGACGGCCAGACCUAUCUUGGCCUUAUCUUCUUUGCCAUCAUCCACAUGAUGUUCAACGCCUACUCAGAGAUGUCCAUCAUGGUCGGCAGCCUGGCAGGCUUCUACAAGCAGCGGGACGCCUAUUUCUACCCGGCUUGGGCAGCUUCGCUGCCCACGGCGCUGCUGCGGCUGCCCUACUCCUUUGUGGAGUCCCUGGUUCUCUCCUGCAUCAUCUACUGGGUGGCUGGAAUGGCCCCCGAGGCCGGCAGGUUCUUCUUCUUCUGGCUGCUGAUGUUCCUGGUGCACCAGAUGAGCGUGGCCAUGUUCCGACUCAUGGGCGCCAUCGGCCGCACCUUAGUCAUUGCCACCACAUUUGGAUCCACCCUCGUCCUCUUCGUUGUCACCCUGAGUGGCUUCGUGCUGGCCUACCCUCAGAUCCACCCCUGGACCAUCUGGGGCUUCUGGAUCAGCCCCCUCAUGUACGCGCAGCAGGCCAUCUCCAUCAACGAGUUCCGAGCAAAGCGCUGGCAGACCCCCUAUGGCGACAGCACAGUGGGGCUGACGGUGCUCUCUGGCCGGGGGCUUUUCACGAGCGAUUCUUGGCGCUGGAUUGGGCCUCUGGCGCUGCUAGGCUACGCUGUCCUGUUCAACAUUCUCAUCCUGCUCGCCCAGACCUACCUCAACCUGCAGGAGGGGCCGGGAGCGAGUGUGAAGGCCAUCAAGGGCUCGGCUGCCAAGGGCAUGAUUCUGCCCUUCCAGCCCAUGGCUCUCACCUUCCACAACGUCUCCUAUUAUGUCCCCCUGCCCAAGGAGGUGGCGGAGCAGCAGGGCAAGAAGCCUGGGCAGGGGCCGCCCAUGCUGCAGCUGCUGCACAAUGUCAGCGGUGCAUUCCAGCCGGGAGUGCUCACCGCCCUUGUCGGCGUGAGUGGCGCCGGCAAGACCACCCUGCUGGAUGUGCUCGCCGGCCGCAAGUCAAGCGGCAAGGUGACAGGUGACAUCCGGCUGGAUGGGCACCCCAAGGAGCAGAGUACCUUUGCGCGAGUGUGCGGCUAUGUCGAACAGAACGACAUCCACAGCCCACAGGUUACCGUGGAGGAGUCGCUGAUGUUCUCAGCGCAGCUGCGGCUGAUGGACGUCAGCAAGGUCGACCUGCGCACCUUUGUCAACGAGGUGAUGGAGCUGGUGGAGUUGACCCCGCUGAAGGGGUCCCUAGUGGGCAUGCCCGGCAGCACAGGCCUCAGCGUGGAGCAGCGCAAGCGCCUGACCAUCGCUGUGGAGCUUGUGGCCAACCCCUCAGUCAUUUUCAUGGACGAGCCCACCACUGGGCUGGAUGCUCGUGCAGCGGCCAUUGUAAUGCGCACAGUGCGAAACACCGUCAACACCGGCCGCACUGUUGUGUGUACCAUCCACCAGCCCUCCAUCGACAUCUUCGAGGCGUUUGAUGAUCUGCUGCUGCUGAAGCGCGGAGGGCACGCCAUCUACGUGGGGCACCUGGGCGUGCACUCUGUCGACCUCGUGCGCUACUUUGAGGCGGUGCCAGGCGUGCCUCGCCUGACCAAGGGGAUUAACCCUGCCACCUGGAUGCUGGAGGUGAGCGCGCUGGCCAAGGAGUCCCAGCUCGGCGUCGACUUUGCCAACGUCUACCGCAGCAGCAACCUCUUCAGGGAGAACGAGGAGCUGAUAGCGCGGUUGGCGCGGCCGGCGGAGGGGAGCCGGCCGCUGCAUUUCGCGCACGCGUUCCCGCAGAGCCAGCCGCGGCAGCUGGCGCUGCUUCUGAAGAAGAACAUGUUGACUUACUGGCGGUCCCCGUUCUACAACACCGUGCGCUUCGCAUUCACCAUCGGCCUGGGGCUCAUCAUCGGCGCCAUCUACUGGGACCUCGGCAACCGCAGGGGCCAGCAGGGCGACGUGCUCAACAUCAUGGGCGCCAUUUUUGUGGCUGUCAUCUUCCUGGGCACAUCCAACAGCUCCACUGUGCAGCCUGUAGUGGCCAUUGAGCGCACUGUCAUGUACAGGGAGCGGGCGGCGGGCAUGUAUGGGGUGAUUCCCUACGCGGUGGCACAGGGCGCAGUGGAGUUUCCCUGGGCCCUGGCGCAGUCCAUCGUGUACUCCGUCAUCACCUACUUCAUGAUCCAGUUCGAGUUCUCAGCCGCCAAGUUCUUCUGGUACCUGCUGUUCUCCUACCUGACGCUCCUCUACUUCACCUUUUAUGGCAUGAUGGCCGUGGCGGUGUCCCCUCACGUGCAGCUGGCGGCUGUCAUCUCCUCCGCCUUCUACUCCAUCUGGUUCCUCUUCGCCGGAUUCCUCAUCCCUCGCCCGAGGAUGCCGGUCUGGUGGAAGUGGUACAGCUACCUGGACCCAGUUGCGUGGACGCUGUCUGGAGUCAUAGGCAGCCAGCUGGGGGAUGUGCAGGAUGUAAUAGAGGUGAAUGGGCAGAAGCUGACUGUGCAGCAGUACAUUCAGGACACAUAUGACUUCAGCAAGGACUCCCUCUGGUACACUGUUAUCAUCCUGCUGGGCUUCUCCAUCGCCUUCUGGUUUGUGGUUGCAGGUGCCCUGAAGUACCUCAACUACCAGAAGCGCUAGGCAGCAAGCAAAUGAGCUCAGAUCAGCCAAUCUGCUCCGGUCCACAACAGCCAGGAUGCUCUUGCAGGCCACAUGGCCAAAGAGCAAGAGCAGAUGAAGGGCAUGUGGCAAGUGUACAGUACUGGCAGCAGAGGAGCAGUCUCUUUCAUUCACUCUUUGUGCUGGGAUUGCUCUGUUGGGGAAUUGCCCGCAAAGCACACCGAUUUAUGGGGGUAUGAUAUUAAUAUCUAGAUACUUUUCAGACGAUCUUUGAUGUUGUGGAUGACCUGCUCCUGCCAAUUCGCUGGGCUGUGUGAUGGAAUAAGAGUUACUGAGAAAGUCUCAGUGAGAAUACGGACUCUGAGAAUAAGGACUCCACCCGUAGGUUGUGAUAGGUGUGUUGCAGGGUAUUUAUUUGUUGUAAAGUUAUUUAUACAGUGAGAGCUAUCUGGUUCUCAAGGCAACUUUGGAUGGCGGGGAACACGGAAGGCUGUGCUGAGACCGUGGCUCUCCCUUUGCCAGUCUUAUUUAGAAUCUUGCUAGGCAGACUGUUCAAUGCCGCCUGAUGCCUCGUAGGUGCAGGUCGGGCUCUGUCUGACAUGCGAGGCACUUGAAGACGUGUCAAAUCUGCCCGCUCAAAACAGAAAAAGGUCCCUCAGCAUAUUUCUCCAAGCUCAGGACAUUGUAAAUAUAUAUGUACAUGUAACACAGCAGCAAGUGUAGAAGCAGGUGGAGAUGUAAACUCUAUUCGCGC